AAAUGCAUCGGGGGCGUCAUCUUCUUCCACGAGACCAUGUACCAGAAGGCUGACGAUGGCACCCCCUUCGUGCAGAUGAUCAAGGACAAGGGCAUCGUCGUGGGCAUCAAGGUGGACAAGGGCGUCGUGCCGCUGGCCGGGACAGAUGGCGAGACCACCACGCAGGGUCUGGAUGGGCUGUCAGAGAGCUGUGCCCAGUAUAAGAAGGAUGGGGCCGACUUCGCCAAGGGGAGCUGCGCGCUGAACAUUAGGGACAACACCNAUGGGGCCAGGGAGCUACUCAGGGACAUCCCCAUGAUGGCAUCUGCCUGAUGUUUGCAGAACGGCAUCGUGCCCAUCGUGGAGCCGGAGAUCCUGCCUGAUGGUGACCAUGACCUCAAGAGGUGCCAGUAUGUGACGGAGAAGGUGCUGGCAGCUGUCUACAAGGCGCUGAGCGACCACCACGUCUACUUGGAGGGGACCCUGCUGAAGCCAAACAUGGUGACCCCCGGGCACUCCUGCCCCACCAAGUACAGCCCUGAGGAGAUCGCCAUGGCCACUGUCACUGCCCUGCGCCGCACCGUGCCCCCAGCCGUGCCAGGUGUCACCUUCCUGUCCGGGGGUCAGAGUGAGGAGGAGGCUUCCAUCAACCUCAACGCCAUCAACACGUGCCCGCUGGUGCGGCCGUGGGCCCUCACCUUCUCCUACGGGCGGGCACUGCAGGCGUCGGCGCUCAGUGCCUGGCGCGGGCAGCAGGACAAUGCCACCGCUGCCACCGAGGAGUUCAUCAAGCGUGCAGAGGUGAACGGGCUGGCGGCACUGGGCAAGUACGAGGGCAGCGGGGACGACUCGGGGGCC